UGCAAGCGUCAGCUGUGUCGAUAAAUAUACGACCCCUUGUAUCUUUAAUGGCAUUCCAGUUUAUUUAAACAUACCAGUACAGCAGUACUCCCUCCCUCUUCCCAGAUCUCUCAUUCACUCAUUGCCGUAUCAAUCUACAGCUAGUUUGCUUUUCAAAAAUGGGGCUGGAAAUGACGACUCUCUUUGCAAUAUUACUAUGUGUCUGCUUCCUCCUCACCAAGUCUGAUGGUAGUGACGAUUACUUUGUCAAUGCCACUAUUGUACGGAAUGAUCCCAGAGCGGUUUGCUUGACGGGAAAGCCAGCCUCGUAUUACUUUGAUAGUGGCUUUAGUACUGGAAUGCGGAAUUGGCUAGUUUAUCUUCAGGGAGGGGCAUGGUGUAACAAUCUGGAGUUUUGUGUUGCAUAUGCUCAGAGAAAAAAUCUUACCCUAGAUCCUAAGCCAUACCCCUUCGAUUACAUACUCAGCAACAAGAAAGAGGUUAAUCCAGAUUUCUUCAACUGGAAUAGAGUGGUGGUUCGCUAUUGUGAUGGCUCUUCUUUCACAUCAGACUCUGAAAGAAUUUUUGAGUUCAAUGGCACCAAGCUCUACUUUAGAGGCGCGCGAAUUUACAAAGCAGUAAUGCAAGAGUUGCUGCACAAGCUAGGGAUGAGCAUGGCCGAAAAUGCUCUCUUAGUAGGUGGUUCGGCGGGAGGAGUGGCAGUCGCGCUCCACUGUGAUGGAUUUCAUGAUUUGUUACCCCACGCUACUAGAGUCAAAUGCUUGUCUGAUGCUGGAUAUUUUUUUCCUUCGAAAAAAUUCGGGCAUGGAGAGAUUUUUACACCAACCUUUCAAGGAGUAAUGGCACAUGUGCCAAUCAAGGCCUUACCGGAAGAAUGCACAUCAAGAUUAAGUCCAUAUCUGUGCUUCUUCCCUCAAAAUGUGCAACAAUACAUCAAAACGCCUAUCUUCUUCUUGAUGUCGGCGUUUGAUACUGUCCAGGUAACAUGGACUUUUUCUGCGAACGAUACUAUAAAAGAAUGUCUCACUAUUUCACACAACUGCUCAAAUGAUAUUAUUAAAACAUUGCAGGAUCUACGAUUGGAGUUUCUAAGCGUAUUGCCUAAACAAAGCAAUACUACUUCAUCAAGAGGGAUCUUGAUUACUUCUUCCACUACUCAUGAACAACUCUCAAAUUAUAGAUGGAACUCUGAUAUGGUCGUAGAUGGGAGUAAUGAGACAAUUGCAAAAUUAUUUGGAAACUGGUAUUUUGGUCGAAAAAGUGUUCAAGUUAUCGACAAAUACCAAUGUCCCUAUAAUUGUUCAUCGAGCUUAGUUCCAAAUGGCAAUAAAGCUAAUGAUAAAGCGUCAGGUGUUGUCGUCUUCUACUACGGAUUGUUCGUACUUAUCCUUGUGUUCGAUCAUCUCGUUAGUUUCUUAACAGUGUAUUACUGAUGUACGGAGUACUAUAUGUUUGAUGGGAUCCUCACUUAAUUAUGAGUUUAUUACGAAAGUUUCUGAUCGUGAAAGUAUGAAGUGAUAAAUAUAAAAAAAAUCACUUUUUUUUAUGAAUCGAAUUGAUAAAUAUAGAUAAUAUGGUUAGUAACUUA